AUGGAGUCUGGUGACGGGUUCCUGGAUCCCAAGUGGCUUAUUGAUCCAAGGUUGCUCUUCGUCAGCUCAAAGAUUGGGGAGGGUGGCCAUGCUAAAGUGUACGCGGGGAAGUACAAGAAUCAAGAUGUUGCUAUCAAGGUUUUGCACAAUGGAUACGGCCCUGAGGAGAUGGCGAAGAAAGAGGCAAUGUUCAUGAGGGAGGUGACUGUACUCGCACAAAUUCAGCAUAAGAAUCUCGUCAAGUUCGUUGGAGCAGUGAAGGAGCCUGUGAUGGCAGUGGUUACAGAGCUUCUGGUUGGAGGUUCUCUGAGAAAAUACUUGAGAAACAUGAAGCCAAGGAGCUUGGAGCCUGUUGUUGCUGUUGGCUUUGCACUGGAUAUAGCCCAAGCUAUAGAGUGCUUGCAUUCUCAUGGGAUAAUUCACCAUGAUCUGAAGCCUGACAACUUGUUAUUGACUACAGAUUUGAGAACCGUGAAACUAGUGGACCUUGGUCUGGCACGAGAAGCAACACAAACAGAGACUAGGACUGCUGAAACUGGAACAUGCCGUUGGAUGGCUCCAGAGUUAUACAACAACGUAACAUUACAGCGUGGUGAAAAGAAACAUUAUGAUCACAAGGUGGAUGUCUACAGCUUUGGAAUGGUCUUAUGGGAGAUGCUUAGUAAUCGGCUUCCAUUUGAAGGCAUGUCUAACCUGCAAGCUGCCUAUGCAGCUGCUUUCAAGAAUGUUAGGCCCAGUACAGAUGACCUCCCUGAAGAGCUGGCUCUGAUCUUAACUUCUUGUUGGGAGGAGGAUCCAAGUACGAGACCUGACUUCGGCCAGAUUGUUCAGAUGCUUCUGCGAUACCUAUCCAUUAUUUCACCACCACAACAAGUGUUUCCUGAGGGAGCCAUGAGUUCACAGAAUGUUGUUUUAUCGCCUGAUUCUCCUGGAACAAGUUCGCCAAUGGAAGCUCCGGCAGUCAAGGAUUUGCCUGUUGAACUGGUCAAAAAAACAUUUAAACUGGAAUUCUUCCACAGUUUCAAUCGAAUCAAAUUGGUCUCCAUUUCCUGGUAUAACUGGUUGAACCGACCAGCUCGGACCAAGUCUAGCAACACUGGUGUUAGUGUGAAAGGAACAACAGAGAAAAAAUAG